CAGGGGGCGCGCGGGAGCGCUGCCGCCCCUUCCGGCCGCCGCCGCGAUGCCGAUGAAGGGCCGCUUCCCGGUGCGCCGGACCCUGCAGUACCUCAGCCAGGGCGACGUCGUGUUCAAGAGCUCGGUGAAGGUGAUGACCGUGAACUACAACACGGCGGGAGAGCUGAGCGAAGGCGCAAGAAAGUUCGUGUUUUUCAACAUCCCCCAGAUCCAGUACAAGAACCCCUGGGUGCAGAUCAUGCUGUUCAGGAACAUGACUCCCUCGCCCUUCCUCCGGUUCUACCUGGACAGUGGCGAACAAGUUUUGGUUGACGUGGAAGAUAAAACCAACAAAGAGAUAACAGAGCACAUUAAAAAAAUCCUGGGGAAAAGCAAAGAAAUGCUUGCAAAAGAAGAAAGAGAAAGGGAAAAACUAUCACAUCCAGCAACCUUCGGGCCCAAGAAGUAUCAUCUGCGAGAAUGCAUGUGUGAGAUUGAAGGCCAAGUUCCCUGCCCUGCUUUUGUACCAUUGCCCAAAGAGAUGAGGGGAAAAUACAAAGCUGCUAUGAAAAAUGAGGCAUGAACCUGACAUUUCAAGAUCUCAAGUCAUGCAGCUCUUUUUCCUCAGGGCUGCAUAAUGAAGGUGCUUCAGUGAGAGACAAGAGCCAGCAGUUCCUGGGAACAGGAACAAGCAAGUUCGUUCAAUACAGACAACUCUGCCUCAUAAGCCUUCUUACAUCUACAACUAAAAUAAUUAUGUGAAAAAUAAAUAAAAGUUAAAACUUGUACCAAAAAAAGCUGGUACUGCAAGUCAACACUGGAAAACAAAAUUAAAUAGUCUUAUUUCCUG